GUCUUAAAGGGGUUAAGUUAUUUGCGUGAGAGCCAUCAAAUUAUUCACAGAGAUGUAAAACCAUCCAAUAUCCUGGUCAAUACCAGAGGAGAAAUAAAGCUGUGUGACUUUGGUGUCAGUGGYCAGCUUAUUGAUUCAAUGGCUAAUUCAUUUGUGGGCACAAGGUCCUAUAUGUCGCCGGAGCGACUCCAAGGCUCGCAAUAUACAGUGCAAUCAGACAUAUGGAGCUUUGGAUUGUCACUAGUUGAAAUGGUGUUAGGAAAAUAUCCCAUCCCGCCACCAGACAUSAAAGAAAUAGAAAAGAUAAUUGGCAUGGAUCCACGUACCUUAGCAUCUUCCCAUAUGUCCUCACUAAAUUUACCACCAGGGGUACGUCCUCCCAGUGGGUAUAACGAUGGUAUGUCGGCACGACCCAUGGCUAUAUUUGAGUUGUUGGAUUAUAUUGUGAAUGAGGCUCCACCAAAACUUCCUGAAUCUUGCUUUUCUAAAGAAUUCUGUGAAUUUGUUCACAAAUGUCUUGUAAAAAAUCCUUCAGAAAGAGCAGAUCUUAAAUAUCUUAUGAACCAUCCUUUUAUCAAGAAAGCAGAGGAGCAAACAGUGGACUUUGCUAGCUAUGUAUCUACAUUUCAACCAGAUGCUAAUGCCAUGUAAUCACAUGAACCUAUUUUGUAUACACUAGCCAGGCUGGUUCAUGUCUGUACAAGUCAUUUGAUAACCAUCUCAAGUAAUAACUACAAACUCUGAAAUACUUUUUUCAAAAAUUAAAAUUAGUAAAUGUUUGUGAAAUACAAGAGGAAGGAUUAACCCAAGGCCAUAGCUGGGUUGUUCAAAGCUCGAUUAGCACAAAACCUGAGUUCAAUCUUUAAAAAAAGCCAUGGAGUUAACCCUGAAUUAAUGCUAAUUAGGCUUUGAACAAUCCAGCCCAGAUUUCUUCAUGAGCUCUGCUAGGAUUUGUCAUGGUAAACAGCAACUAUUAUCCACACAAUAUUGAUCAAGGAAGAAAUUCUCAUUUAUUUCCUUGACUUCUACAGGAGAAUAUAGAGAUUGAUCAAAGUUGUUUUCUUGGACCAUGCGCCRUAUGUUUUAAAGAUAUUAAGCAAUUUUUCCUAUAUUACGACAUAACAUGCUGCACUAUCAUCUAGCUAGUGCAUUUCUGUAUUUGCGUGGCAACAAAAGGCAUAUUCUUUUUCUCAUAAAUGCUACAUAAUAAGUAUCUUUUUAACCUUUCUUUAAGUUAUUAAAGUUAUGGAAGCAUGCCACUUUUUUAUGGCUUUCAAAUCAAAGGCUAGUUUCAUGAAAAAGCAUAAAAAAUCUCCUCCAUAGCCAUACUAUACAGCCAUCUAUUUGACCAUGGCUUGGUUAAACGAGAUAUAGAUUUACCUGCGCAACUAGUUACAGUAGCUUCUUCUAGGUGACAAAAUAURUUUUACAAGAGACUGGUCAAAUUUGGAGUCACGUCAUUGUUUAGAUAGAACAUUCAUUAGUCUAUCCCAGUGCAAUUGCCAAACCAACUACAAACUUGAAUGGUUCUAAAUUGGGCUUGCCAGCUUGUUUAAAGGUAGUCUUACUCUCUUGAGAGUUACAGUUAUAGUUGUUUUGUCUCCUACAUGAAGCUGCAUUCACAUGAUGUGCAAGCAUUCUGUAUUUGAAGAUAUGCAGCUCAUGGAAAUGAUCAAAGUAAGCUCCCACAGCAAAUGACUAUUGACUUGGUAUUGUUUUGGAAAUAUUGGUGGUAUUGUAACAGUUAAUAAACUGUUUUGAUUGGGGUAAUUCUGGAUGUUGACAUGUUUUUAUAACUUAGUGUAGUGUGAGGUGUUCAUUAAGGAGAUUAACAUAGUUUUUGUAAAUAUUUCAUUGAAUGAUUAACUUUUCUGAAAUUAUUACACCUUUUGAGUCGUGGGAUUGCGAGAGUAACUUCUUUCAACUUAAAAUUAACAUGAACACCAUUAAGACAUGUUCAGUGUUUUCAUAAUAAGGUCUUUUACUAAAUGGUUUUAGUCAACUUAAACUCUGUAUAGUUUACAGUGUUCGGAGGAGGUUCACUAAAACCAUGAAGUAGUGUUGUCUAUACUUCAUGGUUUGUUAAAACCUCCAAACAGUCCCAGGAUUCAAUAGGGUGUUGAUCUCAGGAUGCAUUAUUGAAAUGCUGAUUGUAAUGCCUGAUUUGCAUGCACAAUGCCAUACAAUCUUAAUGAAUGUUGCAUUGCAAAGACAAUAAAGAUAUUGGAUAUAAUGUGUA